AUGAACUUACGUGUGAUUAUCCUACUUUUUUGCCUGAUCGUGUUUGUGGAUGGUAAAAAAGUUCACAGAUUUCGAUUGGAAAGGCACUCCAGGCGGCACCACAAGGUUCCACAUGCCCAUCUGCAUUUGCAAUUCCGUAAUGCCCUGAGAAGAAAGUACGGAUAUACACCACUGCGUACAGUGAAUGCUGUCAAUGUAACCAGUGACUCUAGUAAGGGGACUGUGGUCAACGAACCGUUGGUAAAUUCCUAUGAGACCAACUUUUUCGGAACUAUUUCCGCUGGUGGACAGCCAUUUACGAUGCAGUUCGAUACAGGAUCUUCAGACAUUUGGGUGCCCAGUUCCCAUUGCAAGUUUUGUAUUAAACAAUGCGGUAACAAAUUCUUCCAGGCAUCCAAGUCGAAAUCUUUUCAUUCAAGCGGCGUUCCAUUUUCAAUCACCUAUGGAUCUGGAUCUGUGCAGGGCAUUGUGGCAUCGGAUAAUGUUGGUUUUGGAGAUCUAAAAAUCCAGAGUCAGGGAAUUGGCUUGGUCAACAUAUCCGACUCGUGCUCUGUUUUUGAUGGAAUCGCUGGCUUAGCUUUUAGUGCACUUUCCAUGACCAACUCUGUACCGAUAUUCCAGCAAAUGAUUGACCAAAAAUUGGUAGAGCAGCCAAUAUUUUCAUUUCACCUGAAAAGUGGCUCCACCGAUGGUGGUUCAAUGAUACUCGGUGGAUCGAACUCAAGUCUGUACUAUGGUCCGUUGACUUACACAAACUUGACCGAGGUCAAGUACUGGACCUUUCAAAUGGAUUUCAUUGAGGUUCAUGGGAAAAGUUCAAGACGUUGUGAUACGGGAUGCAAGGCCAUAAUGGACACGGGAACCUCACUGAUCGUUGGUCCUGUGAUUGAUGUUCUCUAUAUAAACAAAGCUAUAGGAGCCGAGCAUAAUGCCACAUAUGAUCUGUAUAUUGUUGACUGUUCUACCAUUGCCCAACUUCCGAUUAUAGUAUUUGGCAUCGCGGGCAAGGAGUUCUAUAUAAAGCCACAGACCUAUGUGAUUGUAUAUCAGGACUUUUGCUUCUCCGGCUUUAUGGAUAUGCGUGGUCUGACUUACUGGAUCAUCGGAGAUGUGUUUCUCAGGGAGAACUAUGUGGAGUUCGAUUGGGCUAGAAAAAGAAUUGGUAUAGCACCGGCUGUUUAACGGGAUUAAAAUGUAUUUAUUUAC